GGCUCCCUCUUUUCCGUCUCUGGCCGGCUGGGCGCGGGCGACUGCUGUCGAGGCGCGUGGAGCCUCGCGCUGGUUCCCCUUCGUCUCGUCUCCGGCCCAGGCCACUAAGGAGUUCGCUGACGCCGGGUGAACUGAGCCUGCCGCCAAGAUGCCGGCCUAUUUCCAGAGGCCGGAAAAUGCCCUCAAGCGCGCCAACGAAUUUCUUGAGGUUGGCAAAAAGCAACCUGCUUUGGACGUUCUUUAUGAUGUUAUGAAAAGUAAGAAACAUAGAACAUGGCAAAAAAUACACGAGCCAAUCAUGUUGAAAUACUUGGAACUUUGUGUGGAUCUUCGCAAGAGCCAUUUGGCUAAAGAAGGAUUAUAUCAGUAUAAAAACAUCUGUCAACAGGUGAACAUCAAAUCUCUAGAGGAUGUUGUUAGGGCAUAUUUGAAAUUGGCAGAGGAAAAAACUGAAGCUGCUAAAGAGGAAUCCCAGCAGAUGGUUUUAGAUAUAGAAGACCUGGAUAAUAUUCAAACUCCUGAGAGUGUUCUCCUAAGUGCUGUAAGUGGUGAAGACACGCAGGAUCGUACUGACAGAUUGCUUUUAACUCCAUGGGUUAAAUUCCUGUGGGAAUCAUACAGACAAUGUUUGGACCUUCUUCGAAACAAUUCUAGAGUAGAGCGUCUCUACCAUGAUAUUGCCCAACAAGCUUUCAAAUUCUGCCUCCAAUAUACCCGUAAGGCUGAAUUCCGUAAGCUGUGUGACAAUUUGAGAAUGCACUUGUCUCAGAUUCAGCGCCACCAUAACCAAAGUACAGCAAUCAAUCUUAAUAAUCCAGAGAGCCAGUCCAUGCAUUUGGAAACCAGGCUUGUUCAGUUGGACAGUGCAAUCAGCAUGGAAUUGUGGCAGGAAGCAUUCAAAGCUGUGGAAGAUAUUCAUGGGCUAUUCUCCUUGUCUAAAAAACCGCCUAAACCUCAGUUGAUGGCCAAUUACUAUAACAAAGUUUCAACUGUGUUUUGGAAAUCUGGAAAUGCUCUUUUUCAUGCAUCUACACUCCAUCGUCUUUACCAUCUAUCUAGAGAGAUGAGAAAGAAUCUUACACCAGAAGAGAUGCAAAGUUACACUCUUUGGGUGAGAUUCAAUGUACUACAGUAUGUUGUUCCAGAAGUGAAAGACCUUUACAAUUGGCUGGAAGUCGAAUUUAAUCCUCUAAAGCUCUGUGAAAGAGUCACAAAGGUUCUGAAUUGGGUUAGGGACCAACCUGAAAAGGAACCAGAGUUGCAACAGUAUGUCCCACAGCUGCAAAACAACACCAUACUCCGUCUGCUGCAGCAGGUGGCACAAAUUUAUCAGAGCAUUGAGUUUUCUCGUUUGACUUCUCUGGUUCCUUUUGUUGAUGCUUUCCAACUGGAACGGGCCAUAGUAGAUGCAGCCAGGCACUGUGACCUGCAGGUUCGUAUUGACCACACUUCUCGGACCCUUAGUUUUGGAUCUGAUUUGAAUUAUGCUACUCGAGAAGAUGCUCCACUUGGUCCUUAUUUGCAAAGCAUGCCUUCAGAACAGAUAAGAAACCAGCUGACAGCCAUGUCUUCAGUACUUGCAAAAGCGCUUGAAGUUAUUAAGCCAGCUCACAUAUUGCAAGAGAAAGAAGAACAGCAUCAGUUGGCUGUUAAUGCAUACCUUAAAAAUUCACGAAAAGAGCAUCAGCGCAUCCUGGCUCGCCGGCAGACAAUUGAGGAAAGAAAAGAACGGCUUGAGAGUCUGAAUAUUCAGCGUGAGAAAGAAGAAUUGGAGCAGAGGGAAGCUGAACUCCAGAAAGUACGGAAGGCUGAAGAAGAGAGGCUGCGACAGGAGGCAAAGGAGAGAGAGAAGGAGCGUAUCUUACAAGAACAUGAACAAAUAAAAAAGAAAACUGUUCGUGAGCGUUUGGAACAGAUCAAGAAAACAGAACUGGGUGCCAAAGCAUUCAAAGAUAUCGAUAUUGAAGACCUUGAAGAAUUGGAUCCCGAUUUCAUCAUGGCUAAACAGGUUGAACAAUUGGAGAAAGAAAAGAAGGAACUGCAGGAGCGCCUGAAGAAUCAAGAAAAGAAGAUUGACUAUUUUGAAAGAGCUAAACGUUUGGAAGAAAUCCCUUUGAUAAAGAGUGCUUAUGAAGAACAGAGAGUUAAAGACAUGGAUCUGUGGGAACAACAAGAAGAAGAAAGAAUUACUACCAUGCAGCUAGAACGUGAAAAGGCUCUUGAACAUAAGAAUCGAAUGUCACGAAUGCUUGAAGACAGAGAUUCAUUUGUAACGCGACUCAAGGCAGCACGACAGUCUGUUUAUGAGGAAAAACUUAAACAGUUUGAAGAGCGAUUAGCAGAAGAAAGGCAUAAUCGCAUAGAAGAACGUAAAAGGCAACGUAAAGAAGAACGCAGAAUAACCUACUAUAGAGAAAAAGAAGAGGAGGAGCAGAGGAGGGCAGAAGAAGAAAUGCUAAAAGAGCGUGAAGAGAGAGAACGUGCUGAACGGGCAAAACGCGAGGAAGAGCAGCGGGAGUAUCAGGAGCGGGUCAAGAAGUUAGAAGAAGUAGAGAGGAAGAAACGCCAAAGGGAGUUGGAGAUUGAAGAAAGGGAGCGUCGUAGAGAGGAAGAGCGGAGACUUGGUGAGGAUCCACUUUCUAGAAAGGACUCUCGUUGGGGGGAUAGAGACGCAGAAGGCGUGUGGAGAAAAGGAACUGAAGUAGAUUCUGAGUGGAGAAGAGGCCCGCCUGAGAAGGAGUGGAGACGUGAAGGGCGGGAUGAGGAGAGGCCUCUCAGAAGAGAUGACGAUCGCCCACGGCGUUUGGGGGAAGAGGAAGAGAGAGAGUCUUCUCUUAGACCAGAGGAUGAUCGGAUUCCCAGGCGUAGCUUGGAUGAUGACAGAGGUCCUAGACGGGGUCCUGAAGAAGAUCGGUUCUCUCGCCGCGUGGCAGAUGAUGACCGGCCCUCCUGGCGUAAUGCAGAUGAUGAUAGGCCUCCCAGACGAAUUACCGAUGAAGACAGGGGAGGUUGGCGUCAUGCGGAUGAUGACAGACCACCUAGACGAGGGCUGGAUGAGGACAGACCACCUAGACGAGGGCUGGAUGAGGAUAGAGGAAACUGGCGGACAGCUGAUGAGGACAGAGGACCAAGACGUGGGAUGGAUGAGGACCGGGGGCCACGGCGAGUAGGUGCUGAUGAAGAGCGGCCAUCCUGGCGUAACGCUGAUGAUGACCGGGGCCCCAGGCGCGGCAUCGAUGAAGAUCGAGGUCCCAGGCGCGGCAUCGAUGAUGACCGAGGUCCUAGGCGCGGCAUCGAUGAUGACCGAGGCCCCAGGCGCGCGUUAGAUGAUGACCGGGGACCUUGGAGGAAUGCCGAUGAUGAUAGAAUUUCCAGGCGUGGUGCAGAUGACGACAGGGGGCCUUGGAGAAAUAUGGAUGAUGACCGGAUCUCAAGACGGAUGGAUGAUGAUCGGAUUCCCAGCAGAAGGGGCGAAGACUCAAGACCUGGUCUCUGGAGACCAUUUGUCAAGCCAGGUGGAUGGAGAGAAAAAGAAAAAGCCAGAGAAGAGAGUUGGGGUCCACCUCGAGAGUCAAGACCAUCAGAAGAACGUGAAUGGGAUAGAGAAAAAGAGAGAGAGAAAGAUGGUCAAGAUCGUGACGAGAACGACAAGGACCCAGAGAGAGAGAGGGACCGAGAGAGAGACGGGGGGGACCGAGAGGAGCGCUUCAGACGCCCCAGGGAUGAAGGUGACUGGAGAAGAGGCCCAGCUGAGGAAGCUUCAAGCUGGAGAGAUUCAGGUCGCCGUGACGAUAGGGAUAGAGAUGACCGCCGUCGUGACAGAGAUGAUCGCCGUGAUCUCAGAGAAAGACGAGAUGAGAGAGACCGCAGAGGACCGCCUAUCAGAUCAGAGCGUGAAGAAGGAAGUUCUUGGAGACGUGCUGAUGACAGGAAAGAUGACCGGGUGGAAGAGCGGGAUGCCCCUCGUCGUGUUCCUCCCCCAGCUCUUUCAAGAGAUCGAGAAAGAGAUCGAGAGAAAGACAAAGAAGGUGAAAAAGAGAAGGCCUCGUGGAGAGCUGAGAAAGAUAGGGAAUCUCUUCGUCGUACUAAAAAUGAGACUGAUGAGGAUGGAUGGACUACAGUACGACGUUAAGUCUCAAGAUAAUGGCUUCAAACUCAUGUCUUAUAUAGGUUUGAUCACAUUCAAGGAUGAUUAUACUUGUGCUUCAACCAGUCUAAAUUGGAUUCUUUAAUGUUGUCUCACCAUAACACAAAAAGCAUGAACUUGUAUUAAUCCUAUAUAAUAGAUUGAUCAUGCACCGUAUCCACAGGUUGGAAAACCAUGCCAUUUUCUGCAAUUUAAGGUGUUGCAUUAUUUCAUCAAUCACUUGUUUACAAAAAAGAAAAACUAAAAAAUAAAAUGUGAACCCUUCAGGUAUUGAAUAACACCUGUAUCUUGGUAUAGAACUGUUCUUUUGAUUUUGAAAUAUAUUAAUUUGGAAUGAGGUAAGGUUCUGUUACAGAAAAUGUAUUUCAAGACUCUUUAAAGCAGGGAGCUAAACAGUUUUCACACCAUUAGCAGUUGAGACAUACCUCUAGGUAUUUGAGGUAUCACCUAAAUUUAGAAAGUUUUUAGGUUUACUAUAAGUGCAGUAAACAUUACCAACAUUGGAUACAGUGGAGUUUUCUGUAGAUUUUACUUGAGAGAAGGUGAGUAUAAAGAAAUUCGCAGAUAUUAUUGUAAUGACAAGAAUACUAAAGUGUGAAUAUAAAACCGUUAGAGCUUUUAAACCUUAAAGCAUUUGGUAAACUAUUGCUGAGCUUUUUUCUGUUGCCAGUAGCAGCCUGCUUUUCCAUUAAGGAGAAUUCAUGCCUUUCAAGCAUUUUAAAUAUGAUGAUAUUUAUAAAUGUGUGGUUUGGAGGAAUUGUUUCAAUUCUUUUUCUUAAUUUCCUUUCUCUUCAGAAUAGAUUCUUUCAAUAAGUAAUUUGUAGCAACGACUGUGUUGACUUCAAUUUUGGAGUGAAGUAGCUACAUUAAAGAUUAUUUGGUCUUAUUGAAGCCAACACAGAACUUGCUGCUGUGGUUUUUCUUUAAUGAUAAAUAAAAUACUUAAAGAAUUUG